CGCUGCACGUAGAACUUGACUCAUAUCGCCCCGCAGUCUGAGUAACAUGCUCUCUUUUACGUCGCUCUGCUGUUUUCAAACCAGGAAACUGCGGCUUUGCUUUCAACAGCCGGCACAAGCGGAUGCCCCUGAGCACUUCUCCUACGAGCAGAUGACUUUAAUCCGAACCUGAACUUGGCUCGCUCGAUUAAACCUGGACUGACCAGCUGAACCCGCCAAAAUGAGUGAGGUGAGUAUGUGCCAGGCGCGGGCCACCGUCAUGAUGUAUGAUGACGCCGGGAAGCGCUGGGUCCCCGCCGGCUCUGGAGCUCAGGCUGUCAGCAGAGUGCACAUCUACCAAAACCCCAGCAACAACACCUUCAGAGUGGUGGGCCGCAAACUGCAAGCCGACCAGCAGGUUGUCAUUAACUGCCCGCUCAUGAGAGGUAUAAAAUACAAUCAAGCCACUCCAAACUUCCACCAGUGGCGUGAUGCUCGGCAGGUGUGGGGCCUAAAUUUCAGCAGUAAGGAUGAAGCUACGCAGUUUGCAAACAGCAUGAUGUAUGCACUGGAGGUGCUCAGUGGUGCACCGGCUCCCCCUCGACCUGCGCAGAACGGACCAAGCUUUGAAGAGCAGCAGAGGCUGCAGGAGCAGCAGGAGAGAGAGAGACAGGAGCGAGAGAGGCAAGAGCAAGAGCGGCUGGAGAGACAGAGACAGGCUGCUGCUCCUCCAGCAGCACCUCCAGCUCCUCCUCCGGCUCCAGCAUCAGCUCCUCCUCCUGGAGUUCCUCCUCCACCUGGCCCCCCACCUCCUCCUGGACCUCCCCCAGCUCCCCCACCGCCGCCCUCUGGCGGUGCUCCACCUGCCCCACCCCCACCACCCUCAGGAGGAGGAGGAGGAGGUGGUGGUGGAGCUGGAGGAGGACUGGCUUCAGCUCUUGCUGGGGCUAAACUCCGCAAAGUGUCUAAGGAUGAGAGUGGAGGUCCUGCUCCUGCAGCAAAAGAAAGCAGCCAGAGCUCAGGCGGAGGAGGAGGAGGAGGAGGAGGAGGAGGAGGAGGCGGAGGAGGUGGAGGGGGAGGAGGGCUGAUGGGAGAGAUGAGUGCCCUUCUCGCAAAAAGACGUAAAGCAACAGACAAGCCAGUGGUGAAGAAAGAAGAAAAUAAUGACGAUUCAGCAUCAUCAGACACCAAAUCAGAAGAACCCAUCAAAAAGCCAUGGGAGAAAUCUGGUACCAUUCCACGAAGUAAUUCUGCCCCUAAGGGUGUUGAGAAGAGUCCUACUACGACGCCUGCUUCACUGAACAGACAAAGGCCAGGCAGCAGCGCAAGUGACACAGGCACCAAAGAGAGCUUUGAUAUGGAGAAAUUAAAACAGGAAAUCCUGGAGGAGGUCCGCAAAGAACUCCAGAAAGUGAAGGAUGAAAUUAUUGGAGCCUUCGUCGAGGAGCUGCAGAAGAGAGGCUCCCCCUAGUGGCACCGCUCAUGCUUUGCAAAAGAAAAGGCAGAAGCAUCGUCAACCUCGGAAGAGACCUGCACAAACCAGAAAUGGAGUCGAGCUUGUUACUGAUGUGUCUGCCAAACCAAACAGUGUCGCAUAUGCACAUAACUAUGCAGAUUUCUGCAUAGGGGCAUUUUCUUGUUUUCUGCACCUCAGCAGCGCAAUGUCUGUGGAUUACUCCCUCUCUAAUGUUCUUGAAUGCUUUCACCCCAUUUCCUGUCUCUAGUUUCCUCAUAUGUUUUAUUUUUUCUCUGAUUUACAGGCAAGUUAGAUGCCUCUAUAAUCAAGCCAUGUUCUUUACAACCACUUGACUGAAAUGAGAGGAAAGGAGCACUUAAAGUGUUACUCUGCAGUCUCUGCAACUUCAUCUUUUACUAGUGCCUCUACAUUAUUACUCAAGUCAAUACUUAACAUACUACUCAGGCUAGCACGUUUAAAAUAACACAUUAUUUAUUAUGAAUCCACCUUUUAUUUCACCAGUAUUGUGUGUGUUUUUUAUUAAAAUACUUUUCCUGGUGAAAAGUUUAACUGUAGUGAACUGUAGGUUUAAUGUCACCUAAUCCAGUUUUUCCUCAGGGAUCUGCGGAUGCUAGUUUAUGCAUUGUUUGUACAUUUAUAGGCUACAUUUCAGUUUUACCUUUCCCAGUGCCCAACAUGGUUGCUGCUCAGGCUACUGUGUCUGUUUGCACUUUUGUACCCUUAUUUUCAGUCAAAUGCUUUUUAAAUGCAAAAAUGUCUGUCGUACCAAUUGGUUUAGCAAAAGUGGUUUGUAAAUAUUGUCAUUUGGUAAAAUGAGUGUUCAGUGAUGCUGUGUGCGAGAGUGUUAGUUUGCCCCAGAGGUUUCAGAAAACACCAUUUAUUACUUACAUGGAGCCCUAAAAUACAACCACUAUUUGUGCCUAUCUUGGGUCUGUUUGUUCUUUCUCACCAUCCAGAUUAACAUAGUAUUUCUUUUAGAUAAGAUGAGAAUAUUGUCCACAGUUCCUUUUCAUAUUACAUGGUUUAUAUUGCUUUAUAAACAGAUGCAAUUGAAGUGAAAUUUUACACAAAGUAAAAUCCACUAAGUAAACUGAAUUGGCCAAGCAUGUGGAUUGGCUACUUGAAUCCUGGAACCUGAUUGCCUACUUGCUUCCUGAGCUCUGACUGGAUGCUUGAAUCUUGCGAUCUGAUUAGCCACUUGUAUUCUGCAAUAUGAUUAUCUAGUUCAGGUAUGCACAGCUCCAGUUUUGGAGAGCCAGUGUCCAGGACAAUUUGGUGAUUUACCUGCACAAACAAACCGGAUUACACUCAUUAGGUUUGAGUACCAGAUUUAGUGGGUAGGGAAACUACCAAACUGGGCCAGACCUCCAGGACUGGAAUUGUGCACCCCUGGUCUACUUCCUGUGCUCUUAUUGCCCAGUUGUUCUCUGCAGUCUGAUUGACUAGUAUUCCUGCACUGUGAUUGGCUACUCGAAUUCUGGAACCUGAUUAGGUGCUUGAUUUCUGCACUCUGAUUGGCUACUUGCCUCCUACUCUUGUGGAGUCCUGCACUGCAAUUGGUCAGCUGUAUUCUGCAAUCUGACUGUCUACUUGCUUCCUGCAUUCUGAUUGGCCAGUUGUAUUCUUCAAACUGAUAGGGUAUUUGAAUCCAAUGCUCUGAUUGGCCAGUUGUAUUCUGCAAUCUGAUUGAUUCCUGUUAGAAUAUUAUUGUAUUAUUGACUGUUUAUUAUGACUUCAUUUUAUGUCUUUUCUUUGGGGCAGGGAUUUUUUUUUGAUUAACCAAAUAAUGGAUCAAGAGGUAUAUUCUGUGAGAAUCACAACAAACUACUCUUUUUUUUCUCUAAUAGCUGUUCCUGCCACUAGCUCUACAACGCUUGUGAAAGCCUAACUCAUUCAUGUCUUUAAAUACAUUUGGGUCAAAU